AUGAAACCAACAAGUGGCAUCAUCUAUGCGGAACGUCUAUCUCGCACUUCAAGUGCCACCAAAUGCAAUAUGAUGGAAAAUGGUCCGUUAGAAGUUCGUCGUGAACGUGCUUUCAAAUGUAUUAUAUCCGUCGCGAGUACUCUAAGUAUUUCCAGCUUGCUGACACUAUGUCUUGUAGCACCAUCCGCCUAUAAUUUUGUUGACAAUAUGGGGACAUUCACCAGGCAGGAUUUCGCCUUCUGCGAAAGUGCGACUCAUGAUCUGGAGGAUGAACUAUCAACAAUGCAAAGAAUGAAUCCAAAUCGAACAAGGCGAGAUGUGUCACACUACAAUGGCUUCAACCCAACAACGCUUUUCACCGAACACAUGACCUUCCAAGAAUGUCCUGCAUGCUGCAUACCUGGUGAACGAGGAGCACCAGGUGAUGCCGGUCUUCCAGGACUGCCUGGAAGUCCUGGUCCAGAUGGUGCACCUGGCAGGCCUGGUGCCACACCGAAUGCCUCUUGUAUUCCAGAAAGAAUAUUCGAACCACCGCCGUGUCUACCAUGUCCGCAAGGUCCACGUGGUAUACCUGGACAUCCUGGAUUUCCGGGUGAUCCAGGAGAUCCUGGCAUACCCGGGAAACCCGGUGCUGAUGGACUGCGUGGUAAGCCUGGUGAAGAUGGACCACCAGGUCCAGUUGGCCCAGAAGGUCCUGCCGGACCACCCGGUGACAAAGGUUUUACUCCGCAUGCGCAUGUUAUUCCUGGUCCUCCAGGUGAUCCCGGUGAUCCAGGGCCAUGGGGGCCACCCGGACAUCCAGGACCAAAUGGUGAAGAUGGCUAUACUGGAUCACCAGGUGAAAAAGGCUGGCCAGGGCCACCAGGACCUCCCGGUGCAAUCGGACCGCCUGGUGCACCAGGACCAAAGGGAGAGCAAGGACCAUCAGGAACUCCUGGGACAUGUGUCUGUCAGGAUACGGAAGUAGUCAUAACCGACAUGUCCCGUCGACAACCGGAUACAGAAAAAACAAAAGGCAAACAGGAAGUGAAUGAUGAAGAUAUUUCGCAAGAUAUAAAACUGAAAGAGAUUGUGGGAUAUCAAGAAAUGGAAGAACCGGACUUACUUUCAAUGCCUGCCAAGGAGACAGAGAAAAAAAGUGAAAGAAAAAUACAAGGGGCGACAAUCAGUGCAUUAUAUGAUACAUCACAAGAACGAAACUCAAAUAGACACAAGCUAGACAGCAGUGCGAUCCCUCAAGCACUUGGUUAUCAGUAG